AUGGGGAGCACUCUCAUCCUCUUCUCAUGUGGUAUCCGUGUUUACCAUUGUAAAGAAUCAGCUGGUCCUGGUAGCCGAUUAACUGUUUUCCCUGUUGUCAAGGCCUCCAUAUUGAAAAGGAACCUGGAUUAUCCUACUUCCCCAAAUCAGUUCUUUGGUAAUGAUGGAAAUCAAUUAUGUUUGUCACCUCAAAUCAAAAUCCUCAGGUGGCUAGACAAAGCUGCCAUUAUAGAAUCCUCCAAUCUUAGUGCAGAAGCACAACGAAAGGUGGGAAGGCUUUGCACUGUGACAGAGGUCCAAGAGCUAAAACUUCUUUUUAAAAUGGUUCCCCUGUGGACUACCUUCCUUGUUUUUGGUUUGGUAGUAUCAACAGGGAAGACCUUUUUCCCUGAGCAGGGAAACAACAUGGAUUCUCCAGAUUUAAUUAUUUAUGUGCUUAUAAUCCCAUCCAUUUCGCGUAAAAUCAAGGGCUAUCUGUUGAAGUUUGUUGCAAACUGGGCUACAAAACCUAAGAAGGAAGCUCAAAUGUUAAAAAUUUGGGCUGGAAUGAUGCUAUCUAUCUUUUGCUGUGUCGUUGCCUGGCGGGUUGAGGUUCACAGGUUGAAUAUAGUAAACGAAAAAGGAUUACUAGACAAGCCUGACAACGAAAUUAUUCCGAUGAGCAUCAUCUGGCUAGCACCACAGUUCUGCCUUUUAGGCCUUAUGCAAGGCCUUGCUACUGAUGGACUGAACGAAUUUGUGAUCGAUCAGUUCCCUGAAUCAAUGGAGGAGUAUGUAACAGCAAUCAAUGAGUUUGUCAUCGGAAUUGGGAGCUUCCUUAACAUAUUAUAUGUCCACGCAAACCAAAGCCUUUUCUCUAUCACAUUAAACCACAGUCGCCUGGACAAGUACUAUAAGACUCUAACAGUGGUUAGUUUCAUCAAUUUUUGCUGCUAUAUAUUCAUUUCAACUAUCUAUACGAGCAAUGAUGGCAGGGUAGGGGUAGAUGAGAUCUUACAGACAUCUGGUGCGGAUUUGGUUUAA